AUAUUUAAAUGGAAGGAGAUGAGUUCUUUGGAGAAAAAACAUUCCAGCAUUAUUGUUCAGAAUUCAUUAAACAUUCACAACAGAUAGGUGAUGGUUGGGAAUGGAGAACAUCAAAGGACUAUUCUGAUGGCUACAUGUGCAAAACACAUUUUCAAGUACGAAAUGGGACUGUGGUGUCACAUCCAGGAAAAUCUGCCAGUGUACAGACAUGUCUUCCCAUGGAGGAGGCUUUAGAGCAACCCUCAGAUGAUUCUGAAGUGACUGAGAUUGCAGCAACGUCCGAAGUGAUCAAAUAUGAGUAUCAUGUCUUAUAUUCCUGCAGCUACCAAGUACCCGUACUUUACUUUAGAGCAAGCUUUUUAGAUGGAAGACCUUUAGCUCUGAAGGACAUAUGGGAUGGAGUUCAUGAGUGCUAUAAAACACGGCUGCUGCAAGGACCAUGGGACACUAUUACUCAACAGGAACAUCCAAUACUUGGGCAACCCUUUUUUGUAUUACAUCCCUGCAAGACAAAUGAAUUCAUGACUCCUGUAUUAAAGAAUUCUCAGAAAAUCAAUAGGAAUGUCAACUACAUCAUAUCAUGGCUGAGUAUUGUAGGGCCAGUUGUUGGACUGAAUCUACCUCUGAGUUAUGCCAGAGCUACCUCUCAGGAUGAGUGAUAUGUCAACUGAUAAGAUCUUCUGUUGCAUUUAGAAAUUGUGGCAUGAAGAACAAGUGUUUACCUGGCUAGCCCUGAUUUUAAUGGGACCGAUAUACUAUAAUAUUUCCUUUCACUAAGAUUUAACAUGGAUUUUUCCCGAAGAAGAAAGUAUUGGCAGUAACUGAUGUUUGAGAUAUUGAAUGUUUAGAAGAAACAUGUCACAGGUACAAAUCAAUAUAAAUAGCAAAAAAUGAAUCUAGUUUAAUACUACUAUAACUACUGACAUCAUUAUGGCACUUUCCAAUUCUAUGCAUGGUGGUUUUGCUUUCUGAUGUUUACCUGUUCAUUGCAGAUGCUCCUCAACUUACUGUGAGGUUACAUCCUGAUAAACCAAUUCUUUUGGUCAAGCACUUCACAUUCCUUCUUCUGAUAUAGAGAUUGAUGGAGAAGUAUAUUUCUGUAUUCAUUUUAACAUAGGUGUAUUGGAAGUAAAGUACAGAAUUUACAUGUCCUUGAGAAGUAAUGUCAUCAACAUGAUGUAUCUUAAAUUAUUCUUCCACAAUUGAACUAAGGGGCAAUAGAU